GUGUGUUGUUUUUGGCGAGCAUUGUUCAAGAGUUGCAAAUCUAGCUAGCGCUGCAAUGAAAUUAGUCUCGUGACAGUCUGAAAGAAAUCGAAUAUUAAUAUACGUUUACACGGUGUAAUAAUAAUCAAAAGAGUAAAUAGAUAAACGGCUCUUUUUACUGUUUAAUAAUCGAUUUAUUCGUGGAACUACCGAUCUCUCAACCAAUAUAUUCACGGAAUGACUUCAUCGUGUAAUUAAAUCAACCUCGACCGUGUGUAUUCUGGAGAUUGAAGUUCCCGGAUUAGGACAGACUUUUAAUGCUUACAGAAAACAUUGGGCAUUGAAAACCAGUCAGACGGGUCACCGCUGUGAUAUAUCGUCAACCCGUCCACACCCGAGCUCCGAUCGACCACCCGUGAAUUUAUUUAUAGUGGAAAGAGAAAGUGUGUGUAUAGUAUAUAAUGUAAUAACGGAAUACGAAAAUUAAUAAAAAAGACUAGAGGAUAUGGCAUUAAAUGGCGGACAAGUCUGAAGGGUGAUAGAACCCAAAUUCCACCCCGCACUCAUUCGAAAGGGGGCAAAGAACUUAUCAUCAAGGCGCAGUUCUUGAGAUUACGACAAUGACGUGACAUUAUUCCUACCAGAAGCCGUGUCUGUCCCUAGUGUACACAUUGAUGGAAACCACCAUCCACUUCACCAUGUUUCUUCAGUUAUCCGUCAUUUUUAGCGUGGUGCUGUUGUCAAGGAAACGGGCGGAAGCGGAAGUCGUGACGCCAGUGUACAGUGCUGGUGGCGACCCCGGGGUGGUAGGCUUAUUGGACAUUCACAGAUUCACAGAAAACGAAAUGUGCAUGGAAUUCUCGCCAAGAACAGCAGAAAUGACUUUUGCUCUGGAAUGGUUCCACCAGGAUAUGGUCAAAAAAGGGAUAAGUCCUAUUCCAGGGUUGGUGAUUUACGAUACCUGUGGUGACGUCAGAAGAACGCUGGUUAUCCUAGGGUCCCUACUGAGCUCACAAAGUACAAACAUAUCGAGUGUGAUAUCGUACGGACAACCUGCCUUGCAAUCACGUAUCUCUCAGUUCCUGGAACCUUUUGGGAUCCUUCACAUCAACAUCAACCAAACAGCUUACGUUUCUACCCAAGGGGACCGAUCAAUAGAUAUAAGCACUGUGUCUCCUUGGAGAGUUCGGGAUAUUCUGACGAUUGUGAUGGAGUUGAAAUGGAACAACUUGGCUCUGAUUUCCUCACAGCAUCCGUCAGCCAUAGCAUCACGUGAUCUAUUUCUUAAGAUGGCUGCUCCCUAUUCUCUUUGCAUAUCAUCUGUUUUCAUCCAAGACAAGGACAAAGAAUAUGAUGAUUUACCAAGUCACGUGAUAUUGUUUGUGUCAGCAGACGACAGCUAUGACGAUAUAAUUUCCUCUACAUCUUUUGCAAACAGUUUUGUUUUAUUAACGUCAGAUCAUUGGGAAGACCUAACUUCAAAUUUCACGGACAAAUUCCUAUACCUGGAACACCUGAAUACAUCAACAAAUCUGGUUAAGUUUGUGAAAGAUAAAAUUGAGGAUUUGUCAGACAACUCUACAUUCAUUGAAUCCUACAGAAAUAAGUUAAACUGUAUUCAAGAUGCAAGUGGUGGGACUUGCAAUGGACAAACAACGGCAACUUUUCUUCCAUCCCGAUUUAUGGGGAGGGACAUUGAAGCAGCAAUAUCUGCUCUGACAAAUGCGCAAAAUCUUUUGAAACACUUUGAUUUGAACAACUGCUCGAGUUUAGAUUUGUUUCAUUGUUUAGGGAGAAACACAUUUCGAACGGUUCACGAUGGCUUGUCUGAGGAUAUAACCCCUUUCACUGGGAUGUACCAACUGAUGAAAGAUGUUGGUGGAGAAAUGACGUCGUACAUUAACCGUGGAUAUAUUACUGUUGCAGAGGUUUAUGGAAAUGAAAUAAGUAUUAGAAAUACUCUUACAUGGAGUCGAGUGAAGAGCCUUCCCCAUGACGCCUGUCCGAAGAACCAAUGUGGCAACUGUACAACACCUUCCCCACCUCUAACAAAACCUGAAACCCGUCUGGUGGAGGGAGAUAUGAUAGUUAGACUUCAGCUCCCACUUACCCAGAAGUCUUUACUAGGAAAAUCUUGUGACAAUUGGAAAACUGAAGGAGUAAUUUUGACAGAAGUUUUCAAGUAUGAAGUUUCAAAGUUUGCAGGACAGUUUCCAAACAUGUUAAAGCAUAUCAAGCUGGGUGGCGUUGCUUUUGACUCCUGUCAAGGAGACCCAACGAGAAAUGAAAAUAUUACAGCAGAUAUUAAACUCAUAGAUGAUGAUGAAAUUUUAACUCCUAAACCAUUUUCUUCGGGACAGCGGUUCACUGUGUCUUCUUUAGGGGUAUCGUUUGGUGACCCGGACAGUUCCCAGUUCGUUCAUGCAGCUGUUGAAUUACUUAAGUCAUUGAAAUGGACAUACGUUCACGUUGUGUUUUCACCUGGAGAGACUCUGAUUACAGACUUUGAAACGUACCUCAAAAAGACUGGGCACGAUAUAUGUGUCCCAAAUAAAAUAGCUGUUGAAAACAAUGCAACAGAUAUAGCAAUAAAACUACAAAAGAGUUUAACAAAAUCAAGCGGGGGUGCUUUCUUGUUGCUAACAAAUGCCAAAGACACUUUGUUUUUAAAAACCUUAUUCUCCACUAUUAACAAUGCUUUCAGUGGAGUUAACCUGAUCACUUUACCAUGGAAUCGUAAUAUCAUUACACAUCCGGGCACCAUCUUCAUUUCAAGUUCAACCACUUCCAUGGAUGAUGUGGUAUCUAUAGUGCAAAAUCUGAAACCAGAUUCAAACUAUACAGACAUUAUCUUGAAAUCUUUUCAUGAACACCGAUACAAGUGCAGCAUAAAUAUGCACCAAGAAAUGAUUUAUCCAGACAUUUGUUCAUCCUACCCAACGUUCGCAAAUGAUACAUUGCCAAAACCAUUGAUAUCUGUCUUGCGAAAAGCUGUAGAAGUUGUGACGUCUCUUCUGGAUAGGUACUAUAGAGCAAGUUGUCCCAAUCAGGUGGGAAAGUGUAACAACAUGACAAAUCGCGUGGACCUCUCCAAGUUUCUGACAGUGACUGGAGAUAGUUGGAAUUAUUACAGGGAGCUGAUGACAAAGAAAGAUGUGUACAUUUAUCAAGGGAACUCUAUUUCUGGAACAGCGAUGAAGGUUGGGUCUAUAAGCGAGUAUGGAGUAGUGUCAGUCAGUGCUAAUGACGUCAUUACUUACAACCCGGAUUUCGUGUCAUAUACUGCCGUCCAUCAAUGCCACGAUUGGUGCCCAGAAUGUCAUGGAUGUUCGUCACCAAGCGUCGCGACAAUUGAGAACCUGUAUCAGUCGGGUGACAUAGUCAUUGCUGGUUUGUUUCCAGUUCAUAAAAGCCAGUCGUCCUUUUGCGACGCUCUGAAUACAGAUGCGCGAGCUGAUAUAAUGGUUGAUGCUUUCUUGUUCGCGCUUGCGUCAGCAAAAGAAAGAUAUCCGUAUCUUCUGCCUGGAGUUAACUUAGGCAGCCUCGUUCUAGAUACGUGCUCAGACGGCAACAUGGCGGCACAAACCUUAAUGAACUUUGAAACGUGCCAAGCAAAUUACAAGGACAAACACAUGGUUGCCGGGCCUCAGUUGGUGACUAUGUAUAUGAGCACUGAUUCUAUGGGCAUCUCGAAUCAAAUUCAAGACACUUUACAAAAAUAUAACAAAUCGUCUUUCGCCAUUAACCAUGAAGCCUUGCCUGUAAAUAAUAAUAUAACAUCUAGAUUUUACUCCACUUACUCAAAAGCUGGUAUACGAACUAUUUUCGAAAUUCUCAAUAAAACGAAAUGGUCCUACAUUAAUAUUGCUCGAUCUAACAGUUCUGUGUUCGAUUCUGUAGUGGACGAAUUUCUUUCGCAAAGUAGAAAUUACAACAUUUGCGUUCACGAGAUUUCUUCAAUCGAACAGUACAAGGUUGAGAGGUCGCCGACCUUAUCAAUGACUGUGAUAUUCGCAAAUAUCAAGGAAAUCGAGAUCUUCUUCAAAUCCCUCAUUGCAUCUCCCACAGAUCACUCUUUUAUCAUCGGCGAAAUUGGACCGUCAUGGAGUGAUGUUUCAGACAUUGUCGUUCCAAAUAAUGUUCGUAUUCUCGCUAUAGAACGUACAGGAAAAAUCAACACCGAUUUGGUGAAAGCAUUUUCCGAGGGUCCAUCUACAAUCUUCAGUCGAAAUCCGUGGAAAACUGAGUUCGAAAAAGCUCUGUCUAGUUGCAUUUCUCCACCUUGUGCAUCAGGCGUCGAUCUUCAGUUGGCUUCUAACAUUGUAUUUGGUGUUGACGUUAUGCUCCAUGCCUUCCACAACCGAUUUGAGAAAAGUUGUUCAAACUAUUACGGAGUAUGUCAACAACUUGCGAAUGAAAAAGUGCAACUUCAGAAGGAACAUUUCAACAAUAUAUCAUUUACGUAUCUGAACAUCCACAUCAAUUUUCCACCGCGUAAUGUGGAAACUUGGGCGUUUGUGGUGAAGAAUUUCAAUGGAGGAACAUUAGUAAAUAUGGGUAAUUAUUCUGACGGAAUCCUACACUUCGAUCCUUACAACAUAUACGAUACAAAUGGCCGAAAAUUCCAUAUGCAGGAGUCUCGUUGUUAUAGCAACUGUCGCUGUAUUGGAUUAGAGGAUGAGACCAACAGCACGUUUGAGAGUACGGAAGAUCCAUUUGGAAACAUGGAGUUGAAAUUUUUUAAAUCAUCAUCGAUGCUAAACAAAGACUUGUGGACGAUCAUUGUUCUCAUCAUCAGUAUUGGGGGAGCAUUCGUUGCAUUUUGUUUUGUGAUUUUCGUUUUACAGAAAGUCUUUGCGGGACUCCUUGCCAAACGCUACGUCGGGCUCGGUAUCCUGCUCCUUGUAUCCAUUAUAUUUUUGUUUUUAUCUGUUCUACCCUUUGUUUUCACUCCUAGCAAUGUCGUCUGCUCUACCAGAUUCUUCAUCCCAGGCUUCGCCUAUUCCCUGUCGUUUGCAACUUUGUUGGUCAAGAUCAUGUCGCUUAGAUCAUACAAAUUGAUUGGUCUGGGUGGCGAAUUGUCUAAUAUAAAUCAAUUCCUUACGGUGCUAUUUAUUACGGGUGUUCAGAUUUCAAUGGGAAUUCAUUUCUGGUACAUCGAAGACCAACAAUUAGGAUUUAUGCGUACAAGACUGAAUGAUGUGAAUGAACUGGAGUACGCAUGCGUAUUUGAUAGAAUAGAAUUUGUUAAGUAUUUAGUAUUUGUCAUGUUUCUUAUCUUGCUCUGUGCAAUAUAUUCUAUUUUUGUACGAAAUGAAACCAAAAACAUGGGCGAGGCCAAAUUCAUUAUGGUGUAUUCGUGGUUGUGCAUUCCUAUUUGGGUGGCAUGGGUCGUCUGCCUAAUUGUUUUGCCGCGCUUUUGGGCGGAAGUGAUCGUCUGCGUUGGCAUUCUGACGUGCGCAACGCUUAUGACAUUGAUAGUAUUUUUGCCAAAACUGCAUCGUAUUUCACGUUUGAAGUAUGACGUCAAACGCUCAGGGAUGGAAAAUGGCGGGUACAAAGUGGACACGGACUUUAUGUUUGAGAGACCGUACACGCUGCCGACAUCUUCCAGGUCGUCCAAUAAAUACUCCGUCAAAACCAAUCCGAGGUUUAUAUCCUCGUUCGAUACAAGUUUAAGUUAUUAAAGGAAAUAUUUGUUUUAGUUAUUUAAGAAAACAUUUACAGUUUAACAUGUAUAGUUUCUAAUUACUAAAGUCUUAUGUAUUGUAAUACUCAUGCGUGUCUUAAAAGCAUUUGUUUAAGUUUUCCAAAACAAUGUGCUGCUUUUUUUUAAAACUAAUAUGUGUAUAUAUAAUUGCUUGUAACGAGUACUGUUAUAAAGUUUUGAUGAUUAUUGUUUUUUUCUAGAAUGGAUAUUUUUACCAAAGAUAUUGAUCAGAAAAAGUGAUAAUGCGUUAAGGUCAGACGACACGUUCCUCGGGAAUCUUUUUUGUUUCUCCUUGUAAUAAAGAGUUCCAAUAAAAAAAAUUAAUUUUAUAAUUACUUUAAAAAUGAUCAAAAUUUACUUGAAUUAGGUUAUAUGUGUACAUGGUCGAGUGGUUAGAACCGUGGCCGCUCACUGCCAGAAGCGUAUAGGUUCUAGAGGUCGUGAGUUCAAAGCCCCGACCCGGCGGAGAUAUAGUUCUAAUUUAGUGAAUUUCGCUGUGCUGUAGAUGUAUUUAUUUUUAUAUCAGCAAUUCAAGUGUAUUUUCAAGAAGAUUAUAUAGGAAAUUGCAUGCUCUAAUAUUUUGCAGAAAUGCCUGGUAAGGUACCCUAAUUUUUUGCAAGAAAGCUUGUCAAAGUAGUAGUAAACCAUUAACAAAUUCCUGGAAAAAGUUAUCUAAAAUUGAGGAACGUGUCGUCUGACCGUAAUUAUUUGAUCAGAUUAUCGCUGUUUAAUCUAUCCUUAUGCUGCUUAAUAACAUUGUUAUAUUGUUCCUGUAUCAUUAUUUAAACAUUUAAAAAGGUAAAAAGGUUGUUUGUUAAUUCUAAAUAUCACCAACAAAAGAAUCCAUAGAGACUUUAAGCGUGUAUGUGUCUUAUCAAUUAUUAAUUAUAUAAAUACAUAAUACAAAUGCAUUUUUAUCAAAGUAACCUGAUCCACGGAAGACUGUAAGUGACGAAUGUUUUUGAGAAUGGUUUUUAGUUGGUUUGUAUGAUGUACCUAAUUAACAAAUAAACAAUAUAUAAAAACACGAAAACAUGAAUUUCAUACGAAUUGGAAAUUAACUGUACAUUGAUAUAUUAAAUAAAGGUACUUACCCUAUAAA